UUGUCUCCAAAUUUCAGGGGAGAACACCUGAUUUUAUGGAUCAAACAUAUUUUAAGUGCCCACAUGGCUUAUUUAAUGACAGUACCGGAUCUUGUGCACUCACUGAGUGGAUUAUAUGCCAUGAUGGAAUCACGUGUGGGUGCUUUUACUAAACUGUGCAAGCUUCAAGGCCGUCUGGACCUGAUGCUCUCACAGGUGGAUUCUCAGAGCUAUGGUGCCACAGAUGAGGAUGAGCAUGUUGAGCCUGCAGUUGUGUAUCAAGAGGAAGACUCUGAAGAGGAGCCUCUUGUGCCUAUGGAGACUGAACACUCAGAAUCUGAUGAAAAUUGGGAAGAGGAGGCAGAUGAGGAGUCAGCUUCAGAAUCAGAAGAAGAAAGUGAGACUGAAAUUGAAGAAGAAAAUAAUGAAGACGAUGAAUCCGACGAGGAAAGUUGAAUGUACAAAUUCUCAAAAAACAGAUCACACUGUAAUUAGGUUUUACAGAAUAAAAAUAAUAAGUUUUGUCCAUA